AUGGAUGAUGGCGAGACUCGUUUCCAGACAGCUGAGUUAAGCAUAGACUGGCUCUCUAGUGCCCAUCCAUUAUGGCAGGAAGGUUCGGGGGGCAACGCGUGGUCCUGUGUACCACUCUAUUCAGUUCUCAGAGAGGAUGAAAACAUCCGGCAUGGCCCUCCUAUAAACGGGGGCAGAACCACAUCCACAUUCUUGACCGUUGCAAGCGAUUUAUCUCGGGCACGUCGACGGCUGACAACAGCACGCCAAGAUAGGUAUAAGGUCCAUGUGCUGCUGUCAGAUGGAGAUCAAUACGCGAGGUGA